GUUAGUAACACACACACCGCCCUCCUUUCACCAGCUGCAGCCACUGUGACCAAGACGUGCGUGUGUCACCUUUCAUUCAAUCAAGCGGAGCGGUAACGUUCCCUCAGCUCUACAGGCAAACCAGAGAGCUUAGGCUUCGAACUACGCGAGUGUACAGUGUACAGACUCUCUGGGCAAACAUCCCCCCCCCCCCCAGCCUGACCGGCCUCUUUACCUUUGUGAAAACGUGAAAAAGGCUGUGAUCGUUGACUUGAGGUGAAGGUGCUUGCUUGCCUUUAUGCGUGCUGGGUCAAGAUCAAGAAAGAUGUUCCACCUGUCUCCUGCUCGCAGAAAGGUCGCCAUCACAACAGCGGCCAUAGUGUUUAUCCUUAUGACCAUGACGCUCUACCGCUGGGGCUACCAGAACGAGAAGAAAACUAUGGAGGAUGCGUACAUGGCGAUGUCGUGGGAGGGUUUUGGGCCCGAGCGAGGCCUGUACAACACUGAGAGGUCGGAUGUCGGAGAUAAUGAAGAGUCCUGAGUACCAACAGGACAACGAGCUGGUGUGGAAGCAGCUGUGUGAGUCCUACAUCCCGGAGUACGACAUUCUGCAGCUGUCCAAGUUGUAUUUUAUGGACAGAGUUGUCCGAGACAACCCGUUCGGCACGACAUAUUUCAUGUGGAUGGACGGUGGCUACGGCCACGGACAUGACAUCCACCCCUCUGAUGGUGUCUGGGUACCUAAGGGUCUAUUCGACCACCCCGACCAAGUGACAUUCAUGGAGAGACCACCAGGAGUGAGAAAGUUCGAACCCGUCAAACACAAGAUUCACAAGAUGAGCAUCAACAUCCUGGCCGGCCUGUUCUUUGCCGGCGGAGGGGGGGCUUUUAAAGAGCUGUACGACAUGCAGAAGAAACAGGUAGAGACCUGGAUGCAGGAAGGCGUGGUCGAUGAUGACCAGACCAUGUACAUGCUGUUGUAUUACAAAAAGCCGUCCUUGUUUCACUUAGUGCCCGGAGACUGGUAUGACGUGUUUUCUCUCUUCAACUCCCACGUGACAAGAUGAUGACCAACGAAUGGAAAGGAGAUUCGGAUUGGAACUUUCAGAAGUGAACAGUUUUUAAAACUUUGUCGCCUCAUCCCGCCCCGUAUAGCGAUGUUUACCACACAGUUUCUUUGGAUUUUCCCCAAAAUAUAAUGGCCACAAGAAGAGCGCAUCGGAUUGGAACAUUCAGAAGUGAAACGUUUUUAAUACGAUGACCGCUUGAAAAGCGCAAGUUUCCUCUCGUCGGCAGCAUGCUCUAUGCGCAUUACAAUCUUUACUCCAGCGGUAAUUUGCGCUUUGAUAUCAUAUCAUUUUGAAACAAUCUCAGUUUCCUGGGAGGCAUUCAGUGCAAGCUGCCAUUUUGUAGGCGCUAGAACACUAACAUACUGACAAGACUAAGAUUAAGCUGGAAUUCUGGUUAUUUUUUUAAUGAAACAACACCAAAGAACGAAUGGAUAUAAUUAUGCAUGUAUGCAUACUCUUGCUUACUUACUUGGUUUGAGGAUAGGCGUCAUUGCAGGCGACACAAUGCCAUAGCUGCUCCUCCCUCCUCUCCAAGAUCCAUGAAAGGGUCUGCCUGCUGAUCGAGCCAGUUAACAGC